AUGAACGUUCAAGAAUUGAUAAGUUCUAAUGAUAACAAUACUGACAAUGAAUCUGAAUUCACAAGACCGGUAAAAAAGAGCAGACCAUGUCAUCCAGUUUGGAGCCAUUUUUCAUGGAGUGCAAAUAAUACAAAUAUUAUUUGCAAUAUAUGUCAACAACGCUAUAACCCUGGUACAGGUGUUAGUACAAUUAAGGAACAUUUUACCAAAAAUCACAAAACUGAAUGGGAACAAAUUGAACAACAAUUGUUAUUUCCCCAUAAAUCAACUGAGGUAUAUAGUAUGAAAAAAGAUCCAAAUAAAAUUGCACUUAUUAAUGCUAUACUUAUAAGAUGGAUCAUAUGUGAUCAACAGCCAUUCUCUAUUGUCAAAAAUGAUGAAUUCAAUCUUCUAAUUGAAAUACUUAACCCCUGGUACAAGUUACCAAAACAACAAACUAUCUCACUUAAAAUACAAGAUCUUUAUGAAAAACAAUAUGAAAUGUUUAAAAGUUAUUUUAAAAAUCAUGAUAGUAAUGUAGCACUUACUACUGAUAUAUGGAUUUCAUGUACAAAUCAAGCUUAUAUGUCAAUAACUCUCUAUUGA